UCAGGAUGUUUGUUUCAUUAAUUUUUUCGUUUAUUUCCAGUGAAUGAUCGAUGUUUAAAUUACCUGAACGUUUCCAAUCACGUUUGUACAACACGUGGCCACGUUACAAGAAUAUUGGCUUUAUUACAUUAUACAUUGUUACACUUUUGGGCAGUAUCAAAUAUUACAAAUCCAGAAGAGGUGGAAGAAAACCGAUUAGCGGUUAAUCGACGGUUCACAAAUAAUCUGCGAAACCCGUGGAACAAUCCCAAAUGUCAUCUUCAAAUAAAAAGUCCAAUGUUAAGGAUUAUUAUGGAUACUGGCAACUAUAUCCCAAUAAUAUCCGCGCCAGGCGAUGGUUCCAGCAAUUUGAAGCGUUAAAAAAUGGUGGAUCGUUUUGUAUGAGAAUUAUAGCCGUUUUCGCAGUCGCAUAUCAUGCAGCAUAUUAUACUUAUCAGUUCACUGCAGUCAGCCCAGAAAACAGGCACGAUUUGAGACAUGUGAUAUGGUUGAAGCGUAAAUUGCCUUUCUUCGCUCCAAUUGGCAUCCGCAAAAAAGAAGAAAUAGCGAAUAAUCCGGAGAAGAGCUCAUAAUUUUUUUUUUCAUUUUGGAUUAAAAUUUUCAAAUGCAGCUGUUGUGGUCAAACUUCCAGCUAUUUAUUAGUCGCUUUUCUUAAUGUUCGAAUUUUUACUGUCAAACAGUUUAAUUGAUAAGCUGAUUGUUUUGCUACAUCACUUUGCGGAUCUUUUGAUUUAUCGUUAGAUAGAAUAGUGCAGGUACAUUUCAUGUAUUAUUGGUAUAUGACUUUAUUAUUGUUUAUUGAUUUUUAUGAUUUUGC